UUGCUUCAGUCCUUCUGAAACGUCGGAAGGAGUGACGUGCAGCUCCGCAACCUCCGCGUGUUUCCACUUUUUUCCAAGUUCUAGUCUUCACGUUUCAUAUUAGUUCGGUGGCAUUCUCAGUGUAAUGGAAACCGAGAGAAACAGUGUCAGUGAAUAGAAACUUGCGUGACCGUGUAAAUAUCUUGAUGGGGAUAUCUGAAAAUAAAACCUGCACUUGCAAAGCCGAUAAGGUCAAAGGGGACGAAGUCUUCUCGCCGUUGAAGGGAAAAAUGAAGGUCCUCAAGAAAAUCAAGCGCCGUAUGGGAUUAGCCUCGAGGUCUGGAUCGAACGGUGGCGGGACUAAUAAUCUGCCCCCGCUGCUCUUCCACAAUGUCCACGGGGAGAAUAUUCGGAUUUCGAGGGAUGGGACGAUCGCGAGGCGAGUCGAGAGUUUCUGCAAAGGGAUCGCCUUCAGCUCGCGGCCUGUUAAAGUCAACGAAAAAAUCUGCAUCAAAUUCUUGGAAAUCUCCAACAACUGGAGCGGCGUCAUCCGCUUCGGCUUCACCUUCAACGACCCCAGCAGCCUCCGCUACGGCCUACCCAAAUACGCCUGCCCCGACCUCACCAACAAGCCCGGCUACUGGGCCAAAGCCCUCCCCGAGCGCUACUGCAGCCAAAACACCGUCUUAUUCUACUACGUAACCUCCACCGGCGACGUCCACUUCGGCAUCAACGGCGAAGAAAAAGGCGUCUUCUUCAGCGGCGUGGAAACCCGCGGCCCCCUCUGGGCCCUCAUCGACGUCUACGGCAACUCCACCGCCAUCGAGUUCGUGGACAUCCGCCACCAACUCAACAACUCCCGCAGGAACAUCGGGUCCAACAGUUGCGACAACACCCCAGAAGACGUCGACAGGAUCAUAUACCGCAUGGAACAGAUACAUAUCCAGCAGAGAGACAGCGAGGAGAUGUCGCUGCCUCUCCUCAGAUACCAGCCCCAGCAAUUGAACUUCACUCCGAUGAUGCUGCACCGGACCCGGGGGAGGAACGUACGCUUCGGGAGUAGUCGGAAUAACGCGUAUCGAACCGAUACGGAGUUCUGUCAAGGUUAUGUCUUCACGGCGCGACCUCUCCAACUCGGGGAGCGGGUCGUGGUGCAAAUUUUGGCGACCGAGCCCAUGUUUCAAGGGUGCUUGGGGCUGGGGUUAACUUCGUGCGACCCUGCCACGUUACAAACGGGCGAUCUUCCCGAUGACUCUAAUUUUCUGCUGGACCGGCCUGAGUAUUGGGUGCUGAGUCGGGACUUUGCACGCCACCUUAAUAAGGGUGAUGAGAUUAGCUUCUGCAUUUCUCCGUCGGGCGAGGUGCAAAUUAGCAGGAACGGAGACAACCCUUUGGUGGUGAUCCACGUCGACCAGACCCUUCGUCUAUGGGCGUUCUUCGAUAUAUAUGGGUCCACCCAACGAGUCCGGGUGAUGAGCUGCCCGUCUCCGGUGUCUCCAGUCCGGAGGAUAAUAUCUCCGUCGGCUACCGAGUCCAUGAAUAGCAUUAACAGUCAGUCGGAGAUCCGGAGGAACACGGUGUUGCAGUCGAACUCAAGACUGUGCUGCGUGGCACCGGCGGACAUUCAAGUACAACCCGCCACCAACGGGGGGGCGGUUCUAUCGGUGAUUCUGCCCCCGGCGCACGCCAACUUUAUCAACCAACAGACGCAAACCGUGCACGUGAACCACCAGAACGUGGUGCACGGUCAGAAUGGGCACGGACCCCACCCCAGCUUCGUGGGACAGGCGCCGGUGGUGGCGCCCGUACCGGUGUCACCCAGCUUGCCGCCCACGGGGACCAUGAUUUCCACCUGUAGCAGUACUUACGUCGAGCCGGUUUCGGACUCCAGCGCCUACUCGACGCCGCUCGGUUGGGCCGAGCAGAACGGGGCCACCCUGGGCACGGGCACCGAGUGCACGAUAUGCUACGAGAACUCCAUCGAUGCCGUCCUUUACAUGUGCGGACAUAUGUGCAUGUGCUACGAAUGUGCGUUGCAGCAAUGGCGGGGCAAAGGUGGAGGGCACUGCCCUCUGUGCAGGGCCGUCAUUAGAGACGUGAUCCGUACGUACAAGUCUUAGGACGGCCCUGGCAUCUGGUUUUAGUAUUAGUAGAGGAAUUAGAGGGACGUUUCCGACUACGUAGUUGAGAGUUACUAAAUAAACGAAACCUAAGUUAUUAUAAGUGCUUCCAUUUGCGACAACUGCCUAAAACCAGAUCUUAGAAUGUGGGGAUAGUAAUGAAAAAGACUGAAUCUCGUUGAUUGGUGGAAUACUAUUUAAUAUUUGUCCUGUCCAUUUGUUAAUGUGUUUAUAUUAAUUUAGUUGUUUUAUUAUGGCUAUUUUAGUUCGUCGUUUGUCAGAAGACCAAAGAAAGCAGUAAAUUAGUCACGACUGCUGGAUGUAGGUCCGCGCAGGUGGACGUAGUCAGCUGCCAACGCAGUUAAAACGUAUUUAUUUAUUUUAUCUAAGACAAAAUUAUCAUUAUGUAUAGUGAAACUACAGAGUAACGAAACUUUAUGAGAGAAUUAUUUUCGGCGCCUUUAAACCUCUAAUACGACCAAUCUUGUUUCUUUGUUAGUCGAUGCUUUUGUUAUGUGAGACAUUUUCAGUUCGUAAUUUACAACAAGUGAUAAACAUUCCUGUGAAAGAACUUUAAACAUACUUCACUGGCCAGUCUUUAUGUUAAAUCAGGCAUUCUUAAGUGACUCCAUUGUUUUAGAACUGUUAACCCUUAAGUAGACGCGCAUGACAUGGCUUGACAGUUUUUGAAAAUGGAUCAGAACUUUUGUAUAAUAGUAUUUCUAGUCAUAAGAAUGUACUGAGUUAGUUCAACAUGUUAGUUCAAUUAUUAUAUUAUUAUUCUUGAAUAAAAUGUUAUCUAUUACUAAUUUUAAA